UCAGAUCCUGAAUGUGCCAUGUUGUCACUUCAGUAUCUUUGGAGUCCCAUAAUAUUUGUGGUUUCUGCGUGCAUAAUUUUUUGCUUCAAUAGCGUGAGUCCUAUACAACAGUCUCAUUAAUACUUGGAUCUGUGAUUGUAUUCUGCUUCUGCUGAAGUCAAUGGCAAAAUUGCUGGGGGAGCAAAACUGGCUUUGUAAUUAAGUUAAUAGGGUCGAGUGUUAUUACAUUGUAGAAUUGGCACUCAGUGCCAUUAACAUCAACCAACCAAAUGUUGGUUUUAUAACACUUUAUGAGGGAGUGAUAAAGCAAUUGAAAAAUUAAUCAUAAGGGAAAAUAUUGGAAUUUGAAAUGUAGUCAGAGGAAUCAUUACAGUUCAUUAAUUUAUGUUUAAAUACUCAUGUUUUCCAAUGGAAUUAUAAAAUGUAAGUGAAGUGAAGGGAAAUGGCUGGUUCCAUGGAAGGCAUGUUGCCAUUAUCAUCAGAUGGAAUUUAAUUUGUUUACAGAUUUCAGCAUUGGGCCGAUCCACAUGAAGAAGUAUUAUUAAACAAGGGUUUUGACUCCUGUUUGUAAAACCACAGUUCCAGUCACCAUAAUAAAAGUGCUCAAGAAAUACAGAAAGAGUUAAAGAUCUUUUGUUGUUUGGUUUAUUGACAAAAGUCAUGGCAUUAGGUGUGACUGCAUAAAUAGCAAACCCGUAUGACUGUGUCAGUGGGUUACAUGUCUGUCUUGACAGCUUUACUGAUGGACUCUGGCAGAGAGCAAAGUUGAAUAUUGCAUGCAAAAACAUGGUUGUUUUGAUACAUGCUUAAUGUUUGCUGUGGAUUGCAUGCUACUUACAUUCUGUCUGUUUGUGCCAGGAACAAUGUGUCCAGGAGGGAGACUGGCCAACACAGGAGUUAACAGUGCUACAGUGAGCAGAUUGAGCCAUUCCAGUGCACGGUCUGCAGAUGUCCCAUGGAACAAGGGACGUGAACUCUGCAGCUGGUUGGGCUAAGUUCAGCUCAGUGCCAGUCUUAGGCUUGCAGGAGGAUAUUCGGACAUGCAGCUAUUAAGAAGAUUCCCUUUGAAUCUGCUAAGAAAAUUGGUUCUAGACAGACUUUUGUCUGAGAUUAUGAAAGAAAAGGAAGAAUGUGUGUGGAUUUAAAAUUUCUUUAUUUAUCAAGUUGUGGAGUGAGAAGUACUGGGGAGAUAGCUUGCUCUGUUGCUUAUUGUAGAUCUUCUACAAAUUGUUUCUGAUGCAGCUGAGAAAAAUGCAGACCCUUAAAAAGGAGCACGGACCUCUUGACACAAGUGGCAAUGUGGACAAAAUCAUGGUACUAAAGUCGACCUUAGCAGAAGUAUCUGAAGAAUUGUCUACAAAUGAAGAUAUACUACUUACUGAAGCAAGUAGUGGAAAGAGCAAAUCUUCAGCUUGCCGGAGAAAGCGAGAAUUCAUUCCAGAUGAAAAGAAAGAUGCUAUGUAUUGGGAGAAAAGGCGGAAAAAUAAUGAAGCUGCCAAAAGAUCUCGUGAAAAGCGACGACUGAAUGACCUUGUCUUAGAGAACAAACUAAUUGCACUGGGAGAAGAGAACGCCACUUUGAAGGCAGAGCUGCUUUCAUUGAAGUUAAAGUUUGGUUUAAUUAGUUCUGCGGCCUAUGCCCAAGAGAUACAGAAACUCAGUAGCUCAACAACUGUGUAUUUUCAAGAUUAUCAGAGUUCCAAAUCAAAUAUUAACUCAUUUGUAGAUGAACAUGAACCAUCUAUAGUUGGUAGCAGUUGUAUUUCUGUCAUUAAACAUUCUCCUCAAAGUUCAAUGUCUGAUGUAUCUGAAACAUCAACUGUAGAGCAUACCCAACCAAAUCGUAUACAAAACAACUGUAGAAGUCCUGAAAAUAAGUUCCAGAUUAUAAAGCAGGAGCCAAUGGAAUUAGAGAGAGAACCAAGAGAUGACAGAGGUUCAUAUAAAGCAUCCAUAUAUCCAAACUACAUGGGAGCUACCUUUAAUGUGUACUCACAUUCUCCUCCUCUCUUGCAAGUUAAUAGGUCCUCCAGUAAUUCCCCGAGAACGUCAGAAACUGAUGAUGGUGUAGUUGGAAAGUCAUCUGAUGGAGAAGAUGAACAGCAGGUUCCUAAGGGUCCAAUUCAUUCCCCAGUUGAACAUAAAAAUGUUCAUGCAACAGUUAAAGUUCCGGAAGUGAAUUCUUCAGCUUUGCCUCACAAGCUUCGAAUCAAAGCCAAAGCCAUGCAAGUUAAAGUGGAAGCAAUGGAUAAUGACUAUGAUGCCACGCAGAAGUUGUCGUCACCCAUUGACAUGUCCUCAAAAAGACAUUUUGAGCUUGAAAAACACGGUGCGCAAAACUUGGUGCAUUCUUCUCACACUCCUUUCUCGGUUCAAGUGACUAAUAUCCAAGACUGGUCACUUAAACCAGAACUCUGGCAUCAGAAGGAACUCAACGUUAAAAUUCAGAGUGGUUGCAAAACUGGAGUUGUUGAAAUAAAAGACAAUAUCUACAAUGUCUCUGAGUCAGAGAAUCUCUAUUUGAAGCAGGGCAUAGCAAACUUAUCUGCAGAGGUUGCUUCACUUAAAAGACUUAUAACUACACAAAUCUCUGCAUCAGACUCUGGUUAAUUUACUACUGAAAAAAGGCUUAUUGUUUCAAAGGAUGUCAUUUGCAGUAGAUCAAUAUGUUUUGUAUGAUGCUGAAUUUUCACUGGACUUGUGAUGUCAUUUCACUGUAAUGUUCACAUAAUGUCUGAUUGGUGUCUUUUUGUGCACAAAUUAUUAUGAAGACUAGGUUGUGCUAUGAUCACUAUGCCUUGAGUAUAGUCAAGUAGCCUGUACAAAGGCUGUAUAUAGUGGACUUUAAUUUCUUUUUGUUCUACUACAAAGCGUGCAAGUUACCAGUUACAAUAAAAUAUUGGUGACAAACAUAGAA